CACUACAUCAACCUCCACGUGUGUCUCUACAGUGUCUCCUUGAAGAAGACACACAUGCACCUCAGGCUCUCUGAUAGCUUUCUACCGAGAGUCGUUUACUUUUACUAAACUCUGUGGCGCUUUCGUUCAAACAGCAUCGGACGAUGCCGCGGUAUGAGCUGUGUGUGAUCUUGAAGGCGAUGCAGAGGCCGGAGACCGCGGCUGUCCUGCGGCGCACGGUGGAGACGCUGUUCGAGCGCGGCGCUGUGGUCAGGAGUCUGGAGAACCUCGGCGAACGCAGGCUGCCCUACAAGAUCUCCAAACACGACUCUCGCCACACGCACGGCGGAUACUUCUCCAUAGACUUCCACGCCUCGCCGAAAAUCGUCAGCGAGCUGUUAGAUCACCUUGAACGGGACAUCGAUGUGCUGCGCCCCACAGUUUUAAAGAAAGACAUUGAGCUUUCCAAGACGCAGUGCUGUGGGACACAAUCUGAGAAAGCAAAGAGUGCCACAUCCAGAUAAAUGACUGUGAAGACGGCCUCAUCCGCUGGAUCAUGUGAAUGGACUUUUGCAACGAGACAAGCUGCUAAAUGUCAGCAUCCUUGUUGUAGUUUUGGAGAAAUGCAUUUACUUCCGCUAAUUAUGUGAUGUGUGUUUCCACAAAGAACUCUGUACAUAUGACCUCCUUGCAGGAUCAGAAUUUUUUUUGGAGUAUUUAAUUUUAAUAUGACAUUCUCCUUAAAUAAUUACAUGCUCAUAAAUAAAUAACGUAAACAUAACGUUA